GAGCGACCGCAAUUUUUUUAAAUUGACUAGAUAAAUAAUACAAUCAUUGAUUGAAGUUUGAAAUAUUAGUCAACUAUUCUGUUAACUGCGGUAUUAACAUUGUAUAAACAUUACAAUGGUAUUAGUUGCGAUUAUUAAACAGCCCAAGAACUGUUUUUAGUACUAAUAGCAAUGUAGAGGUGUCAUUAAAAAAAACAGACUUGAAAGAAUUAUAGUCAUUGCAGCUUGUGGUACAGUUAUAUUCUGAGAAUAUAGUCACCUUAGAAUAUAGAUACUUAUUAAUGUUCUAAGAUAGUCACUAAGGAUAAAGAUAGGUUCAAUGAAUGGAAGCAGGCAAUCAACAACUAAUGAAAAUUGAUCCACAAAAAGUUUAUAAAUCGAAAAGGCUCUGUCAUAAUCAUUUUAGGCCAAAUAUGUUUCGGGUUGUCGAACACUUAAGCAUGCUGUUCCAAGUUCCAACACUAAAUCUUUUUUGUAUGUGAAAACCACAUUUUUCUAAAACAUGGAAAAAUGUACAUAUAUGUACAUAUUAAGAAGUAAGGCCGGCCAUACAUGUUGCGGUGUACCGAAGAGGUGUUGCUACAGGUUACCUUUGUGCAGGCAAACCGGAACGUGUGUGCCAGCCUUUGCCGUUAUACCUGCGCACGCGUACCGGCCUGUACAGGUGACACUAGUGCGUGCGUACCGAAUUUCAUUUCGCACUGGUUGCUAGGCAACAAAUACGAAAUGGAAUAUUUCGUAAUCGAUCUGCUAUUUUCGAUAACAAAAACUGGGGUAGCUUACAGACAGAAUAGGCUGAGAUAGGAGACCGACAAAUAAUUGCAACAGUUUGUGCAAAUAAUUUUGUUGCUAUUUUCAAGAUAUUAGAUAAUUAAUAUGGAAAGUGAUAGUGAUACUGACUUGGAAUUUACACCUCUAAGCACAAGAGAAGCAGCAAAUUUAAGAACACUCGGUUCAUUACCGGACGCUUCCAAGAAAAUGUACAUUCGAGCUUAUAACCUAUUUCUAGAGUGGAAAGUAGAACAAAACGCACAAUCGUUUUCUGAGAACGUUCUAGUUGCUUAUUUUGGCGAGUUGGCUGAGAAAUUCAAAAGUUCGACAUUAUGGGCACAAUACUCAAUGUUGCGAAUGACUCUCAGUACUCAUAAUAAUAUAGAUAUUGCAAACUACUUAAGACUGAAAGCAUUCCUUAAUCGACAGUCUGACGGUUACAGACCCAAGAAGUCGAAGAUCUUUACGGCAAAUGACAUCAAUAAAUUUAUUAAAUAUGCCCCAGAUGAGAAAUAUUUAGUGACAAAAGUCGGAGCAAUCAUGGGCAUCAUUGGCGCUUGUAAAAGACAUGAAUUACACCAAAUGAAAAUAACUAAUUUCAUUGAUUUGGGUUCAGCUGUUUUAGUAACUAUACCAGACACUAAAACCAAAAGUAUACGAAGUUUUACAGUAACUAGUCCUUACUAUGAAAUUUACAAGAAAUAUGCAAAUCUCCGCCCUUCAGAUGCAUAUAAUCCAUGGUUCUUCAUUAAUUAUCAAAAAGGAAAAUGUACCGGCAACAGAAUAGGCGUGAAUAAACUUGGAGGAAUGGGAAAAGAGAUUGCUAAAUAUUUAAAAUUGCCAAACCCUGAAUUAUACACCGGACACUGCUUUCGUCGAUCUUCAGCAACAAUUCUUGUGGAUGGUGGUGCUGACAUAACUAGUUUAAAGUGUCAUGGUGACUGGAGGUCCACGGCAGUAGCCCAGGGAUUUAUCGAUAAUUCGGAACAAAAUGUGUUCGACAUAGGUGUGACUGGCUCAAUUGAUACAUUUUGUAAUGUAUCGGCAUCCACUAGUUCCCUACAAGAGAUUUCAAAUACUUCUUCUCAACUGUGGGCACUUGAUAAUACUGUUACUGAGAUUUCAGCAUGUACUAAACCUUCUAAUAGUGAUCAAGAUGCAAUUGACAACGAAAAUCGAUAUAAAGAUCCAGAUAUCGGAGACCCUUUGGAGCCAGAAAAUAUAGAGAAAAUAAUAAACACCGAAAUUGAUGAACCUGCCUUCCAAGAGGAUGAAGCCACCCUAGUUCAACCACCUCAAAUGAUCAUUCUGCCAGAUCAAAGUGCUUCUACAAUUCAUAGUUCAAACACAGUCCUCCAAGCUGUGAAAACAUUACAAGUUCCCAAGCAGUCUUCAACUCCGAAUGAUUCAUGGUUCAAGAACGCUGCCACAGCAAUUUUAAGGAUCAACACGAAUUUAUCCUACUCAGUGAUUCGACUGGAAAAGGAACAAUCCAGCGCCAGCAACGCUAAAGAACAUGAAGUCUUCAACAAGCUACAAGAGAUCUUGAACAGUUCCAUCAAUUCCAUGAUCCAGAUCAGGAAGAAUUUGAGAGCAGAAUUCAUUUCGAGCAUCAACUCCACUAAGUUUUUUCCAAAGACAGCCUCCGAUACGGGAACCGCUAAUUCUGGUCAAAAAAGAAAACUUCCUGAGUCUUCUCAAAAUCCAGCAAAGAGAUUGAGGAUUCAAAAUUCACCUGCACCAAUCAGAAUUGUCCUAAGCAACAGUACUGGGACAACAUCUCAUACUAUCCCAGCAACAUCUCAUACUAUCCCAGCAACAUCACAUACUAUCCCAGCAACAUCUCAUACUAUCCCAGCAAUAUAUCAUACUAUCCCAGCAACAUAUCGAACUAUCCCAGCAACAUUUCAUACUAUCCCAGCAACAUAUCAUACUAUCCCAGUAACAUAUCGUACUAUUCCAGCAACAUCUCAUACUAUCACAUCAAAACCUCAUACUGCAUCUAAAGGUUAUUUGAAAGUGAAAAGUUUUGGACAGCUACAAACGGAUUCUUUUCCUGACAUAAGUGUGCCAGAAGUAGUGAAUAAUACAGAAAAAGAUCCUCUCGAAGAUGAUGAAAAUAUAGCUGAAGACAAAAGUGAAAAUAGCAAAGAUGAUGUUUAUGAACCAGAAAAACCUUUAACGGAAAUUAUUGCUGAUAUGGUUACAAAUGGAGUGGAACAAAUUUAUCCAAUAGAGGAGACAUUGCAAAUAAAACAAGAAGAUUGUGAAUAUACAGAAAAUAGUGAUGAAAGUGAGGACAUAAAUGAUAUAAAGAUAGAGCACAUCGAAAUUCCAUGGGAUGGUAUAAGUGAAGGAAAUAAUAGUGAACAAAACGGACAUUUUACUAAGUGUAGUGAGAAUUUCGUGAGUGACGUUGAAGUCAAAUCAGAACCCGAAGAAUAUUUGUAUAGGGUUGAAGAUUGUUCUGUCCCAAGAAAGCUGUCUGAAGAAGGUUGAGAAUAGUUAUUUAUAAUACAAGUGCAGAAGGCAUUGAUAUUCUUCCACCAGUUCAAAAUUCAAAAACGAGCCACGAAGUGGCGAGUUUUGGAAUGAACGAGUGGUAGAAUGAGCCUUCUGU